AUAAAAAAUAAAAAAUAAAAAAUAAUAUAUAAUAUUAAAAUAAAAAUUAAAUAAAAAAACUUUAAUACCAAUUUAAACUAAAAAUAAUAAUAUCAUACUAACAAACUAACAUUUUAACCAAAAUUUUAAAGGAAAACUUAAUAUUAACAAGCCUAAUAAAAAAAUCCAUAUGUUAACAUUUGAUUCAACAUAAAAAUUAAAUUGGAUAUGCAAUGAUCCAAAAUAAAAAUUUGAAAAAAACAACUUCAAAAAAAAUAAAAAUUAACCAAAUUAUAUCAUAAAAUAUGUAUAGAUAUAAUAGUUUGUAUAUACAAUUAUAUUACAUAUCUUUAAAUAUACGGAUCAGCUUUCCAAAAAUUGAUAUUUGUGAUUUGCUUUGUUUUUUUACGGAUAUCAUCUUUUGGUAUUUGCUUUGAUACGAAGUAUUACAGUUAUCUGGAUUUUUAUCGAGGCAUUACGGGUAUCCAGAUUUUUUGGAUCAAAUUGAAAUGAAUAACAAAUCGGUUCAAAUUUAACGGAUAAUUUGCCAGCCCUAAAUAUUAUAUAGAUAAUAAUUUUUUUUUAUCAAAGACAAUAGUUAAGACGACUUAAUCGAGGUGUGAACAAAGUGAACGGCAUUCUUUGCCCAUUUUAUUAUCAGUCAAUAAAAGAUAACUUAUAAAGGAAAAACAUAAGUAGCUUAUAUACAUAAAAUUUCAUCAAAAUUCAUGUAUUACAUAUAAAAUAUUAACAUUUGACAUAUAUACUAAAACUCCACUAGAUAUAUACCUAUUAUAGAACUUUACUGACUAAAGUAUGACAUCUAAUUUCUACACAACUGAUUUAUUCAAAUUAACCAAAAGUUACAACUUAUAGAAAAAUCAAACUCCCUUCUCUUUUGAGUCAGCCCUAUUUAAGUAAACGAAACUAGGAAUCCAAUGUGAAAUUAAAUGCAAAUAUUUCAGUUUAGUAGAUGAAUGAGUGAUGAGAAAUAUUUAGUUGGUUAAUUGGUACUGAUUUUAAUGAUUAUAUUUUAGUUGGUUUAUAUAAGAGCAGAUUCCAGCUCACAAAUCUUGUUCCCAUCUCCACAGGUAGUUUGCGAAGUCAAACAAAAACUUCAACUUUUUACUCUCUCAUAAUAUUCAAACUUAUUAAGUGCAUAUAAUACAUGUAUCAGUGUAUAUAAUGUUCAUACGGAGCUUUAUAUAUUUAGCAUAAUAUCUCUGAGAAGUUGAGAACUUGUCAAGACUUCUUCUCUCCUCUUUAUAUCUUUCUCCCUCAUUUUCUCUCGGUGCAACCAUGGUAAAUCAAGCUCCUCAAGAUGAUUAUGAUGAUGAGAAAUUGGCAAGACAAAAGGAAAUCGAAGAUUGGUUACCAAUUACUUCAUCAAGAAAUGCUAAGUGGUGGUACUCAGCUUUUCACAAUGUCACCGCCAUGGUCGGUGCAGGAGUUCUCGGCCUCCCUUACGCCAUGUCUCAGCUCGGCUGGGGACCGGGAGUUGCAGUAUUUGUUCUCUCGUGGGUAAUAACACUAUACACAUUAUGGCAAAUGGUUGAAAUGCACGAAAUGGUUCCGGGAAAGCGUUUUGAUCGUUACCAUGAACUCGGACAACACGCGUUUGGAGAAAAGCUUGGUCUUUACAUAGUCGUACCGCAACAGCUGAUCGUGGAAAUAGGCGUUUGUAUCGUUUAUAUGGUCACUGGAGGCAAAUCUCUAAAGAAGUUUCAUGAGCUUGUUUGUGAGGAUUGCAAACCCAUCAAGCUUACUUACUUCAUCAUGAUCUAUGCUUCUGUUCACUUUGUCCUCUCUCAUCUCCCCAAUUUCAAUUCCAUCUCUGGCGUUUCUCUCGCCGCGGCGGUUAUGUCUCUAAGCUACUCAACAAUCGCAUGGGCAGCUUCGACGAGUAAAGGCGUUCGAGAAGAUGUUGAAUAUGGUUACAAAGCAAAAUCAACAGCCGGUACGGUUUUCAACUUCUUUAGCGGUUUAGGUGAUGUGGCAUUCGCUUACGCAGGCCACAAUGUGGUCCUUGAGAUCCAAGCAACGAUCCCUUCGACUCCUGAGAAACCAUCAAAAGGCCCAAUGUGGAAAGGAGUCAUCGUUGCUUACAUCGUUGUCGCACUUUGUUAUUUUCCGGUGGCUCUCGUCGGAUACUACAUUUUCGGGAACAGUGUUGAAGAUAAUAUCCUCAUAUCACUUAAAAAGCCAGUUUGGUUAAUCGCGACGGCUAACAUCUUUGUUGUGAUCCAUGUUAUCGGUAGUUACCAGAUAUAUGCAAUGCCGGUUUUUGACAUGAUGGAAACUUUAUUGGUUAAGAAGCUUAAUUUUAGACCAACCACGAUUCUCCGGUUCUGUGUUCGUAAUUUCUAUGUUGCUGCAACCAUGUUUCUUGGUAUGACGUUCCCGUUCUUUGGUGGCCUUUUGGCGUUCUUUGGUGGAUUCGCGUUUGCCCCUACGACAUACUUCCUACCUUGCAUAAUUUGGCUAGCCAUCUAUAAACCUAGGAAGUACGGCUUGUCUUGGUGGGCCAACUGGGUAUGUAUCGUGUUUGGUAUUUUCUUAAUGGUCUUGUCGCCUAUUGGAGGGCUAAGGACGAUCGUUAUUCAAGCAAAGGAAUACCAGUUUUACUCGUAAAUGCUGUUUAGUAUGACUAAUGUUUAGAGACAUAUAUUUAUAUAUUAAUGUGUGUGAAGAAGAUUUUAAAAGAUCAACAUGAGACAUAUAAUAAUCUCUGGUAUGAGGAUUGAAUUUUUAAUAGCAUUUAGGGUUUGUGUCUUGGUGUGUUUAUAUCUGUCGAAAAAAUAUUUUAUUGUGCCAAAAUAGAAUAUAUUUUGUUCUUCCUUA